CACUACUGAGUGAGCAGAUCUCACUCUGCUGUGAAUUCUACUCCGUCCCCUCCGCCGAGAGGAGACUCGUCAGGGUAGCACUGGGACGUUUACGCCAUGGGACGUCCUGCAGCUCUGCUGGUUCUCUGCGUGUGUUGGGGACAGUGUGUCCUGCUGUCUGUGUCUCAGCUGCUGUCCCCGUCUGUGUCUCUGGCGUCGGUGAGAAGGAGGACAGGCUGUAUUAAAGUGAAUCAGUGUAAGUGUAUCCUGUGGGACGGGAGCGGCCUGAUUGACCUGCAGUCGCUGGGGGACGCUCAGGGGUUCCUGGAGCGCACCAGACACGUCCCGCAUGAGGAUCCGCCGCAGGACACCGAGGUCCUGCUCUCCUUCAGCCCGUGUCUCCCCUUCUCUGAGCCGGAGGAGUUCCCUGUCACCGACUGCACUGACGUGGCCGCCUGCCUGAUUUUAAGGAGUAAAACUCAUACAAAUCGUUAUGUGAACUACGGACGACACGAGGGAAAUAAAUUUCACUAUAAUGAAUCAACGAAGACUCUCUCCGUCUUCUAUUUAGCCUCCUCCUCUCACUCUGAGGCUCAGACCGUGGUUCACUAUCACUGCAGCACCAACCGCUCCAUCUCCUACAGCCUGAGCUUCAGUCUCGCUCCGCCCCUGCAGAUCCGGGUGGAGAGCCCCUGCUGCUGCCCCAACGCCUGCACCCUGCUGGACGUGGGGCCGGGUACCAUCUUCCUCAUCAUCCUCUGCCUCAGCAUCACUGCUUACUUCAUCCUGGGUUCUUGUGCUCUGAGGCCGUUCAGGAGCAGUAGUGGUGUGCAGAUCGUGCCGGAGGACAGCGUGUGGUGCAUGCCCUGCUACCAGCUCACCGACCGACCGAGCGGCACCAAGCGCCGGAGACACUGUUCCCUGAGAGAGGAAACCCUGUAACCCCCCACUGUGCACUGUGUUAUUGCUUAAUCUGUUAACACUGUAAUAAGGGUUGUAAUUAACAGUACUUACCACAGUAAUAAACAUUAAAUUAAAUGUCUCAACUAAUCAUUAUAACGAACACUAGUAAGACAUACAGUAAAUAACUGUUUAAAGAAAGAUGCAACCAAACUUAUUGGGAGAUCCUUUAUUAUUAACAUUAUAUUUAAUUUUAUUUAACUUCGCUAUAUGUUUUAUAUUUAUUUAUAUUUGUUUAUAUUUAUAUCAUUGAAAAAAUUAAGUAAUCUCUAAAUAAUUAGUUUAAUUACUUGAAUCAAAGUUGAAAAUCUUAACUUUUAAUCACAUCUUGCUUUAUUUCUAGUCCUAUUUUACUUUAAAGCAGAGUCAGCAAAACCUAUAAUUCCUCAAUAAUUAGGAAUAUUUUGUUUAAUUCAGUAAACUUGAAUUAAACCUGAGAAUUCAACCAAAAAACUUCAUUUUUAUCUUUAUCUUAAACACAUACACAGAAAUGUACUGUAUGCGCUGUAUGAAAACACAAAUUAACAUGAAGCAUAGAAAAAACAUUGACAAGGCUUUGAAAAGAAUUUAAUUUUAUUGAUUAAAAACAUAUAGAAGAUUCACAAAAAUAGCUUUAUAGCUCUACAGAAAUAGAAGUAAAUUCUGUUUUAAUGAUAAAAAAACAUCUUUGCUUUAAGUUGCUCAUCAUUAACACACAGCUGGAGGAAACGUUAGCUUGUGUAUUGGAGGCGGGGGGGAUGGGGGGGGUGUGCAUGGCUCUAAACCCCUUUAUAAUAAAGCUAAUCUAUGUUAGCAUUGUUUCAGUGUGCCGUGCUGCAUGAAUAAACUUAAUUUCACCUGAGGAGCUCAGACUGGAGUUUAAUGAUCCUGUAAAUAAAGAUCUAGUGCUGGUUUUUCUA